CCGCGCUUGUCCGUUCUGCUAACCUCAUGCAGUUCGACAUGACGAUGCUGUUCCUCGGGCUCACGACGAUCCUCGUGUCCCUGUGCGUGAUCCCGCCUCUCGCCAAGGUCACGAUCGCCCCGCUCUUGGGCUCGGUCGUCGCCAAGGCCACCAAGGCGUACAUCCACAGCUCCAUCGAGCUCUUCUACAACCUCUGGACGGGCCUCAUCUCGCUCGAGCGCAUCGUGCUCCAAGCCUCGUUCCUCCACGAUCUGCGCCUCUCGCUGCCGUUCCCGAUUGAGCUCAGCCAUGUGUCCAUUGACGCGCUCCAUGUGCAGCUCCCGAGCUUCUUUGGCGGGUCGGGACCCAUGUGCUACAACAUGUCGAUCGAAAUCGUCGGCGUCCGCGUGGCCGGUACGUUUGGCGUCAACUGCGAGCUUGACCGGGCGGCGUACCUCGAGCGGGUUGUCGCCAACAAGCUGGCGCUCGCGAAUGGCAUGACGCAGGCCGUGCAGACGUACCUCGCGCGGCUCGCAUCGCCCAACGAAGCGCCGCCGCCGUCGACGUUCAAGUCGCGUCUCCUCCACUCGAUCGCCGAGACAAUCAAGAUCUCGAUCCGCGACGUCUCGAUCGAGCUCAUUGGCGAGAAGGACGCGGCGCCAACGACGCCCUUGACGAUCACGCUUACCGAGCUCUCGCUGACGAGCGCGCCGACGAACGAAGAGGUGCAGAUCAACCACCGUACGGUCGCGAUGCGCAACUUUUACAUUUGCCUCGAGAGCCAACGCGUGCUCGGCUUCCCGUCUCUGCUCGUCGACGUGACGAUGCCGUACGUCUUUGAGGUCAUGCUCUCGCCGCUGCCGCUCGACACGAAGAAGCUCGGGCUCUCGAUCACGCUCGCAGACAUGAUGACGACGCUCUCGCCGCAUUUGUAUCUGACGCUCAUCCGGUACUACAUCCCGUACGUCAAGUAUGGUCUCUUCCAAGAGUCGCUCAACCAGGCCGAGAUGGCCGAGUGCAUCCACCAGACUGCCGACGCUGAAGAUGCGUACUGCCGCGCGUUCAAGUGGGACUUUGCUGCGCAAGCGCCGACGCCGGUCGAUGCCGUGAAUGACGUGGAGAAGAUGGCGACCUUGGACCAGCUGCUUGCUCUGCGUGCCAAGGCGCUGCGCUGGACCGAGCAUUUGGCACAAACCCACUUGAUGCCGAUCGAGCUCGUGACCAAAGUGCAAGCCGAGAACGCACCGUUUCGCGACAAGCACAUUGUCGUCGCGCUCAACCGCUGGACCGUGCAGCUGCUGGACACGAAGGACAAGAAGUUGCCGGUCGCCGACAAGACGCCGGUGGGCGAGCCGACGCUCGCGGCCGAGUUUGCCAUUGCGGGCGUCGACGUGCUCAUGGAGCAGUGUACGACGGGCAAUGUGGCCAUGGACCUCCAGUACGCGAUCCGCGACAUCCAGCUGACAACCUUGACGCCGAGCAUGGAGUGCCAGCGGUCGCAGCUGCUCUCGCACUCGUCCAACGAAAAGUUGUUGGACGGCCGCCUGCGCCAGACGUUUGCCGGCGGCAUGGACCUCGACGUGACGUUUGAGAAGCUCGCCGUUUUUGCCGCCAAGGAGCCGCUGCAGGAAUUUCUCUUGUACGUCGACCGUCUCCAGCUGACGGCGCAAGCGUACAUGGCCGAGCAACUGCCGGCGCCGGCGCAGACGACCGCAACGACAACGACGACAGCGGUCGUGGUCCACGACACGUCGUCGUCGUCCAAGCUCAACCUCUCGAACGUCGGGCCGUGCUCGCUCCUCAAGGGCGCAACGAUGAACAUUGCGGUUCGCGUCGCGGACGUGAGCGUCUUUUUGAUCCCGCCGGCCGUCGAGUCAACGGGUGCGCUCUUGGAGCUCACCAUGACGACGGAGCUCGCCGUAAAGAGCUCACUGGACGCCGAGUCGAUGCAGCUUGUGCUCUCGGAGGCCGCGCUGCUGCCGCGCUUGUACCAGGCGCCGACGGACAAGAGCGGGUUCCCGACCAUCUUUUCGCCGCAAACCUCGCUGCCGCAGUCGCUCUUGGCGCCGCUCCGCAUUGCCAACGGGUACGAGCUGGCGCGGACCGCGUCGGGCGACUUCGCGCAAACGCUGUCCGUGUCGGUCUCGGACAUUACGCUGUCGUUUUCGCAGCUCAACUUUGCCAUGUUUCUGAGCAGCGUCACGAGUCUGAGCACGAUCCAGACGACGACCGACGACCAGAUGAAGAAGCGCCGCGUCGCGCAGGAAGUCGCGCAGGAGGCUGAAAUGGCGCUGCAGAUCAAGCAGCGCCUCGACGUGGCGCAGGCGCAGUUUGAAGAGAUUGACGUCGACCACACGAAGUCCAUUGAGCUGGACGAGCUCGAGAUGCUGCUGGCGCACGCGAUCGUGGACCAGAAGCUGCUCACGCGUGAACUCCGCGAGCUCACGGCCACGGUCUUCAACACAAUCGACAAGGACGGCAGCGGUACGAUCGACUUUGACGAGUUCCGCCACUACCUCUUGGAAACCAUGAACGUCGACCAUUUGCGCGGCUACGUCGACCUCUACGCGUGCGAGUACGACGCGCUCAACGUGCUCGAAACGCUCUUUGGCCCGUUCUCCAAGUCGACGCCAUCCGACUGGUUUUUCUUUUUGACGUCCCGCGCCGCGUCCGACCCGCUCGAUGCGUUUUGGAGCUUGUACCAAGCGGAAAUGGGCGCGACACGAACGUCGCGGGUUGGCCAGUCGCCCGCCCUCUUGCAGCGCAAGCUUGUGCGCCUCUUGCAGCACCACGAGGCGGCGCACGCAGUCUGGGACGCGCUCGUCGUUCCGAAUUUGGCGACCUCGGACGAGAACCGCGACAUUGACUUGGCGUGGACGGUCAACGACGACACGGCGUGCGGCGGGAUCGUCGAGUUUGAGUCGGCGGCCAAGAUGAUUCUCAACCAGAGCGCCGAGCCGACGAUCGAGGUGGUCGAAACCAAACCGGCGCCGACCAUGGCCGGUGUCUCGCUGCGAGUGCGCAGUGACAUCAAGCUCGGCGCGUUCCACGUCGUGCUGCUCGAUGACAAGCUGCCGUCGACGGCGUGCCGCGCCGACCUUGUUGUCGACGAAUUGACGUGCUCGGUCGCGCUCUCGGCUGCGAUUGGCCCGAAUGUCUAUGACGUCAACGCGCAAGCCUCCGAAUGGGCCAUGACGCUCGGUCUCCAGGUCGCAGCGUCGUGCUACAGUGACCUCUCGGGGCAAAUGGAGCACAGUAUCGAGCCGUGGGUGUGUCUGGUCGGCGUCAACAGCGCGGCGGGCGUCGAGGGCGUCCGCGUCUGGCUCGAAGCCGAGAAGCGCUUCCAGAUCAACGUGUCGUCGUCGCUGCUCGAGGUGCUGGCGAUCUUGCCCGAGAUUAUGUCGGGCGAGCACGUAGUCGAGCCCGAUGCGCCCAAGGUCGUGUACCGGCCGGACGAGCCGCCGUUCCACGUCACCAACUUGACGGGUGUGCCGCUCAUCUUUGGCAAUGGCGACGAUCAAAUUACCUUGGAGCCGCGCUCGGUGCAGGCGCUGAAAAGCGUGGAUGUCGCCAACUGCCGAGUCGAAAUCCCGUCCUGGGGCGCGCUCACGGACGUGGCGUUGCCUGCGUUUGGCCCGAAAGAGCUCGUCGUCAAGGACAGUGCUGGCGCUCACUUUAUCACGCUCAAUGCGAUCUGCCGCCUCGAAGACCCGAAAGACGCCAGCGUCGUCUUCAAGUCGAACAUUGUCAUCUCGAACAAGAGCUCGCUCGACAUGGAGAUGCAGAGCCUUGUGCACCUGGCGGGGUUUACAUCGCUUAACGACAAGGUGACGACGCUCGAGAGCGCGACGUCGCUGUCGCUGCCCAUCUCGGUGUUUAUGGGCGACACGGAAGUCUACUUGCGCAGCGCCAACAGCAAGAGCUGGCACGUCAACAUCAAGCUCACGAACGACAUGCUCCUCGACGCCCAAAAGCCCGAGCUCAACAAGACCGAGUCGAGCAUGAACUCGUUUGUGCGAAAGGGUACGAUCGUGCCGCUGCACCAAAAGCACAAGGCGUCGAAGCUCGUCAAGCAGCUCACGCCCAGCAUCCUCCUCUACCGCCACGUGCUCACGGACAACACGGUGCAGUGGGAGCUGUCGGUGCUGCCGUCGUUUGUGAUUCACAAUGCGCUGCCGUACACGAUCGAGUAUCGGUUUUUGGAGUACCGCGCGACACCCGGCGCCGGCCGCAUGGACAUGAACGGAAUUCAAACGCUCCUCGAAGCGAGCUCGGUCCACGGCGAGGUGGCGUCUGGCGCGACCGGUGAAGUCGAAGGGCUCUCAUCGCAGACUCCCGGGUACAUGGCGUUCCGGCUGCGCAACGGCGCGGCGACGUCGAUGUGGUCCAAGCCGCUGCUCAUGGCGAUCCAUGCGACGGUCGACCUCUUUACGACGGCGCCUGAAAAGUACGAGCUCGAGCCGAAUCUGAGCGUGAGCUUUGAGCGCGCGACGAUGCCCGGGCAGCCGCGCGUGGUCAAGUUUUCCGUGCCCUUUUGGAUCGUCAACAAGACGGGCCUCGACCUCUCGUACAAGCUGCCGGACGCGGACGCGGCGUCGGGCGCGGUCGACGAAGUGACGGUCCACCCGGCUUUUGCGACGCCCAUCAUGGUGCACGCGCCCAAGGCCCGCAUGAGCUUCCGGGCCAACGCGCCGUCGACGUCGACGCCACCGUCAUGGACGCCGCUCGUGACGGACGACGUGGUGCCGCCGAUGUUUCAUCAGCUUAGUGCGGCGGCCGCGUGGUCGGAGCCCAUGAACGCGUCGGCCGUGCAGACAAGCGGCGAAGUCUACAGCAGCGGGCACGUGCUCGGCGUCGACAUUACGGGGCUUGAAGGGCUCUUUGCCGACUCGAUUGCGAUCGCGCUGAGCCCGCGCUACGUGGUGCAAAACCACACGCCGUACGACAUUCAAGUGCGCGCGUUUGCGACGCCGGCGACCGACCAUCUGAACGAGCUCGCGGCCGUCAGCAACUGCCCGACGUACGACCUCGCGUCGCAUUCGAACGGGGUCUUGUAUGCGUUUGAGCCGCUCUCGAAGGACCCGCUCGUCAAGUGCCAAAAGUACUUUAGCAUGGCGCUGUCGGGGUCGACGGUCUGGUCGUCAAUUCUUGCGGUCAACGCGGUCGGCGACGUGUACUUUCCGCUCGAGUGCACGAUCCGCAAGCGCGGCUUUAUCGUGAAAGCGAGCAUCCAGCUGCUGGGCACGCACCUCUUUGUCGUGCUCACGGACGCGUCGUCGUACCCGCCGUACGGCGUCGAAAACUACACGAUGCACCCAGUGACCUUGCGCCAGGGCAGCAACCUCGCCAAGCAAACGACCGAGCUCGCGCGCGCUGAGCGCCUCGCGUUUGCGUGGGACCAGGCGUACGUGGCCGACCACAAGCUGGACGUGACGAUUCAAGGCCAAAAGUUCACGGUCGACAUUGACUCGGUCGGGCCCGUCAAGACGUCGGACCUCUCGCUGCUCAAGCUCAUGGACGGCCCCAAAAAGUUUGUCCUCGAGGUCGUGCCCGUCGGCAGCGCGCGCGUGCUGCGCAUCGUCGACGCCCGAUCCAAGCACCUCGACAAGCUCCGCAGCGCCAAGACGAGCUUGGAAGGCCAGGCGCGCGCGGUCGCGGCGUCCUUGUACACGACGGCGCUCGACAUGCGCCUUGCCGGGUUUGGCGUCAGCUUUAUGGACGCGCUGCCGCAGGAAGUGCUGUACCUCUCGAUGGACGACGUGCGCGUGCAGAGCGCGCCGCAGUCGCUCGAGUGGGACAUUUCGAUUUUCAACCUCCAAGUCGACAAUAUGCUCGCGAACGCCAAGUUCCCGGUCAUCCUCGCGCCCGUCGACAGCGGCUACAACAGCGGUUCGGUGACGCCCGUGCCUUUUUUCAAGCUCGUGCUCGAGACGCUUGGCGACAAUGGCAGCCUCUUCAAGGUCAUGGACGUGGCCGUGCAGCCGGCCUACAUCCGCGUCGACAUUGACUAUCUCUUCAAGCUCCUCGGGCUGCUCGAACCGCUCUUGGCGUCCGAGACGGCGCUCCAGUCGCAGCUGGAGCUCGCGCUCGAGCUUUACAGCAAGCCGAUGCCGUGCCCAGCACCGAUCCGCAACUCGCAGCUCUUGUAUUUCGAGGCGUUCUCGGUGCGCGAGACGCAGUUUAAGCUCGAGUGCAUCAUCCAGAAGGAAGACAUUGCGCGCUCCAAGGCCAUGGCACACUCACGCUCGUGGCUCGUCAACGCGCUCAUGCAGCUCAUUGGCAUUGUCGGCUCCAAGCUCAGCGGGUCGCCGUCGUUUAGCUUUAGCGCGAUCACAAAGCGCCACUGCUUUACGACGAAAGACCGCCUCGUGUCGCAGCUCGUGCAAACCUACUCGCGCGACGUGGUCAUGCAGGCGUACAAGCUCGUGGGCUCGAUCGACAUGCUGGGCAACCCGGUGGGGCUCGUGGAAGACCUCGGGUCGGGCUUAAAGGCCUUUCUCAAGGUGACGACCAACGAGGUCUUGGGCGACUCGCAAACGCGCGGCGAAGGCGUCAAGAUUCUCGGCAAGACGGUCGCCAAGACGGGCACGGGCGCGCUCGCCAAGUUUACUGGCAGCCUCGACAAGCUCAUGGACGAGGUCUCGGACGUGGCCGACACGCCCCACGACAAGGACGAGCGCGACGCGAACGAGUCGACGUCAGUGGUCGACGGCGGGCUCAAGUUUGCGAAAAACCUUGGUCUUGGCCUGACGGGCAUCAUCACCAAGCCGGUGGAAGGCGCCAUGUCGGGCGGUGUCACGGGCUUCAUGCAAGGCGCGGUGCAGGGCCUCGCGGGCGCGCCCGUCGUCCUGCUCAAGACGGUCACGUCGACCGCGCACACGCUGGCGACGGAAGCCUCCGAGACGCUCGAGGACGUUGUGCCGUUCCAGGGCCGGCGUCGCAAGGAGCGCCAGUUUGUCGACAAGGUGCUCGUUGUGCCCUCGAAGCAGCAGCCCUCGAUGCUGCACGUUGAGAUUCUCAGUGCGAGCGGCCUCGUCGCGUCAUCCGGCCAGUGCAACCCGAUCUGCUACGUGCUCUUGAACGACAAGGUGGUGUUCCAGACCAAGUGCCUCUUUGGUACGGCCAACCCCGAGUGGCGCGCGGCCAAGAACAUUGAGCUCAAGACCGAGUCGGCGACUACGAACGUGACGUUCAAGGUCCGCGACUCGUUUACGGGCUUUGAGAGCACGAUUGGGCAGUUGCGCAUCCCGCUCAACCAGCUCAUGAUGGACUUUGACCAAGAGACGGGCAGCUCGCCGCUGAGCAAGUGGGUCCACUCGAACGUGGCCGACCUCAGCGCCAUGUCGGUCGACCUCCCGCGCCUUGAAAAGGAGUACAUGCUCUGGGGCAAGCCCAAGAAGGCGCGCGACGGCAAGCCGCCGUCGCUCCAAGUGCUCGUGACGGUCCUCGACCUCGUCAACUAUGUGCCGCCCAAGACCAUGUUUGGCUCGACGCCCAACCUGGCGCCGUACAUUGGCGUUGAGCUCGGCGGCAAGAGCCAGAAGACGACGGCGCUCAAGGCGGCGUCAGCCAACAUGAGCUGGAAGGAGACGCUGACGUUUGACUGGAAGGCGCCCGAGAAGCACAAGCAGAUUUCGUUUACGCUCUUUGACAAGAGCAUGCUCGUGGACGAGACACUCGGCAACGUGCUGCUUCCGCUGCGCCUCUCGGAGCCGCGCGUCGAUAUGCUCUUGGACAUUCGCGUCAACGGCGUCGUGAACGGCCAGCUGCACGUCAAGACGGAGAUCCUCGGCUUGCCGGACGACGACGACGCCGAGCCGAGCCCGAUUGAAGGCGGCGCGACGAGCAAGACGGCCGGGAAGCUCAAGCUCCACGUGGCCUUUUCAUAAGCGUGACCAAAUUGCAUACUAGUACACUACCGUGUUUUGCGUUGAGAA